AUGACAGUCCACAGAAUCCGCAAAUGCAACACGAACGUUCACGACAGACCGAGCGAUUUAUCGGUUGCUGUCGAGCUCAAGUUCUUAUUGCCCUUCAUACCCUACAGUGAGCGCCUAGCGUUGGACACGGAACUGCCGCGGCACGCGACCCGAUUCAACCGCAUGCCCAAGACUUUGCGAAGCGAAGACAGAUCCCAAGUUUCAAGAUAUGGCUUUUCUCUUAUUUCAAACAUCAUAAAUGGCGUCCCUGGGCAGUCCGCACUUACAAGCUACGACUUGAAGGAUCUCAAUAUCCAAGAACGGGAUUGUUGGUCCACACACUGGAUAGUAAAGACAUCGAAUUCUGCAGCGCCGGCUGCGGAUCACCCACAUCGCGAUGAUUGGAUUUGGGUACCCGUUGAAGUGGUUUCUCCCAAAAUGGCAUGCAAAGAUUCGGACACGAUGCAGAUUAUCGCGGCAGUGGUGGAAUCCAUGCAGGAGCAGUGCCAUAUUGUCACAAACUAUACAUGCGAGGUCCAUGUACAUGUCGGCCGGAUGGACGGCUACCCAUUUUCCCUGCCAACACUGAAGAGAUGCGCGAUUCUUACAUGGCUCGCGGAACCGGUAUUGAGGCAGGUCAAGGAUCCCAAGUCUCCAAACUUUGAGCACGUGUUCACCUGGAGCUCGGCAGCCAGGAGGCACAGUCGACUUGCGACGAACCUAAAGAUGGGGAUCGCCGCCCAGAUUCCUUCGACCGAGGAUGUAAAGUUUCUUCCUCCGCCAAUCAAGAAUCACGUGAAAGACCGCAACGCAGAUUUGAGCAUGGACCUGAACGCGAUACGACUCAUUGCUGGGACCACGUCUCAUGCCCAACUUGGCAGGCUAAUGUCGGGAGAGGGAAAACAGUAUCGACGACUCGGCUUUAACUUUAGUGCCUUUGCUGGUGAGGACGAACGCGCCUGUACGAACCCCAAGACGGUAGAGUGUCGUUUCCUUGAGGGUAUGAUCAAGACAGACAUUGUGCUGGGGUGGCUGCAAAUCAUUUGUAGGCUGGUAGAGGUUUCUCUCGACAGUGGGAAUGACGAUGAGUGUUAUAGCCGUGCCGUACUACAUCUCAUCGCAAGCCAUGAAGAACCACUCGAUACGCAUUUCGGAAGACUGAUGAGGCGACUUCAGCUCAGCGAAGAUGUGUAUUCCUCGGUCCGAGCACUGGUGGAUGAAGUCAAUAUGUAA